ACGGGCUUUGCACUGGACGUCUAGGCGACUUGAUGGGGCUCUUUCAGGAUUUUUAGAAAGCGCAAAUAGUCGCACCGGCACAGCAAAGGAAAAUCAGCUUGGAUUUUGCGCACCACAGCGAUUUUGAGUUGAGAUUGUUUAUUAUUGUUAUAGUCAUUAAUAAUAUUAUUAUGUGCUCUGGAAAUCAUCAGCUGUGGGUGAAAUCACGCUAGGAACAUUUUUGAUUUGAAUUCAUUUUCUUGGAUUUGGUUUCUGAAGAAUGUACGUACUUGAUGGUAAUUACCCGGAAAGGAUGGAGCGGGGUACGCCACAAAGAAAAACCGUAUACAGGAUAUCUUUGACACUAGUGAAAAAAGAAACUCUGCAGGAUGGCGGAGGCUCAGCGCACCGGCGGCUGGAGAAUCCUAAAGUGACCGCGUACCGGCGGGAGGGAGCCGCUGACGCUCAGCGCAGCUCUCCGCUGGAAGAACUGAAAGAAGUGGAGGACGAGACGGACGAAUUUUCUGCACACUCAUACAUGAGAAACUUCAGGACAUUCAGUACUGGACAUCUAGAGUUGGGCAGGUUGAAAAUCUCAAGGCGGGCGCAGCAUUUACACAAAGACAAGGAAUUAAAUGAAACGUGCAUCCUGCCAGAGAAUGGACAGAGCAAGGUCACUGACAAAAAGCCAGAAGAUGUAGCUGAAAGUGACAGAUUGAAAAGUGAUGCUGAGCGUGGAGAAAUCUGCAGUACAGCUGCUGCUAAUGGAGAAAACACAGGCAUUCGAAAGAAAAUCCUCAAGGCUUCUCGGAGCACAGAGGAACCGGUCAGUACAUGGUCAGAUGAGACCUCCGAGGAACCCAAGUAUGUUAGGACGGCCAAAGAGAGCUGCAUCUCUUCUUUGUUGGCGAAAGGGAAUGGGAAGUCACCCAAACCAGCACCUGAAACCCCUCCAGCGAAGAGGCACCCAAGCCUGCUGCGGCGAAGUUUCAGCUUUCGCCACUGGACGGGUGGAGAGUUGAUCCGCAUACGGGCGCUUUCCAAGGAGAAGCACCACAGCAGCUCUGGCUGCAUUGGCCACGAUGGAGAGAACAGUCAAGCCCAAGCUGGCGUGGUUCUGCAAAACAUGGCUUUUGCUAAGUCUGAGUCCACUGAGAAGCGAAAAACCUUGGAUGUGGGUGAGGUCCUAAGCAAAACUGACUCUGGGACUGAACUGGGCCGCAGGGAGAGGAUGAAGGGCAAGAAUCGAACGCUGGACAACAGUGACCUGCUCAAGCUGUCGGAUAAAUCUUUGAUGGACAAGGAGGGUUUCAUUAGAGGGACAGGCUCCCGUUCCAGUGGGCAGGAACGUAAACUCAUUCGGUUCUUCAGUGGUAUCUUCUCAAAGCGAGAUGGGAUGUCCACGCCGCUUAGCAGUCCCAGCAACCGUGCUCUCCGGAAGAACGGCCUACUGGGAAGUCAGCGGAGAUCAGAAAUGAGCUACUCGCAGUCCAGCACCGAAAGUGUUAACGGAUGCCAACCGGACGAUGCCUUUGUCAACAGUCAGGAGUGGACACUCAGUCGCUCUGUACCAGAGCUCAAAGUGGGCAUUGUGGGUAACUUGGCCAGUGGGAAGUCUGCCCUGGUGCACCGGUAUCUGACAGGGACGUACGUGCAAGAAGAGAGCCCUGAAGCUGACGUGGAUGCAGGAGGACGUUUUAAAAAGGAGAUUGUAGUGGAUGGACAAAGUUACCUCCUCCUAAUCAGGGAUGAAGGGGGACCUCCGGAGGCUCAGUUUGCGUUGUGGGUAGAUGCGGUGAUUUUUGUGUUCAGUCUGGAAGAUGAGAUCAGCUUUCAGACGGUCUACCACUACUAUAGUCGCAUGGCCAACUACCGCAACACAGCAGAGGUGCCCCUGGUGCUUGUGGGAACUCAGGAUGCUAUCAGUGCAGCUAACCCUCGUGUCAUCGAUGACACCCGCGCUCGCAAACUGUCCAACGAUCUGAAGAGGUGCACAUAUUAUGAGACCUGCGCUACCUACGGCCUCAACGUGGAGCGCGUCUUUCAAGAUGUGGCUCAGAAAAUAGUUGCAACCCGGAAGAAACAGCAACUGUCAAUCGGACCCUGUAAGUCACUGCCCAAUUCUCCAAGCCACUCCUCCGUCUGCGCAGCGCCUGUGUCCGCAGUGCAUAUCAGCCAGACUAGUAAUGGUGGAGGCAGUUUGAGCGAUUACUCUUCUUCCGUGCCAUCCACUCCCAGUACCAGUCAAAAAGAACUACGUAUUGAUGUACCCCAAACCGCCAACACCCCUACGCCCGUCCGCAAACAGUCCAAACGGCGCUCCAACCUCUUUACGUCUCGGAAGGGAAGCGAACCAGACAGGGAGAAGAAAGGGAUGGAUGGCCGCGCAGACAGCAUUGGAAGUGGCCGCGCUAUCCCAAUUAAACAGGGCAUGUUGCUGAAAAGAAGCGGCAAGUCACUGAACAAAGAGUGGAAGAAGAAAUACGUCACGCUUUGUGAUAACGGAGUCCUCACGUAUCAUCCUAGUCUGCAUGAUUAUAUGCAGAAUGUUCAUGGGAAGGAGAUCGACCUGCUGCGGACUACAGUGAAGGUUCCAGGGAAGAGGCCCCCCAGGGCCAUCUCCACAUGUGCGGCCCCCAGUCCCAAAACCAAUGGGCUGACCAAGGACAUGAGCAACCUGCAACUUGGACAGACACCAGGCUCUGUGACCAGUAGCUCUUCUGCAUCUCAGAUGGCGAGUGGCAUCAGUCUGGUGUCGUUUAACAGUCGGCCAGAUGGGAUGCAUCAGCGCUCAUAUUCUGUGUCCAGUGCUGACCAAUGGAGUGAUGCCACAGUCAUCGCCAACUCAGGAAUCAGCACGGAUACCGGUCUGGGAGAUUCUGUGUGCUCCAGUCCAAGCAUAUCCAGUACCGCCAGUCCUAAGAUGGACCCGCCUCCAUCGCCUCACGCCAACCGCAAAAAACACAGGAGGAAGAAGAGCACCAGCAACUUCAAGGUGGACGGCUUCUCUGGAAAUGCAGAAGCCAAACAUAGGGCAUGGAAACUAAAUCGCGUUGGUAGUCUGCGCAACAUUUACAGCAGUGCCUCCAACGCUGAAGAACAAGAGGACAACUUUGAGUUCAUCAUCGUUUCUCUGACGGGACAGACCUGGAAUUUUGAGGCAACGUCCUAUGAGGAGCGGGACGCAUGGGUUCAGGCUAUUGAGAGCCAGAUACUGGCGAGUCUACAGUCCUGUGAAAGCAACAAACAGAAGUCUCGUCUGAGCAGCCAAUCAGAAGCCAUCGCGCUGCAGUCUGUCAGGAACAUGAGAGGAAACACGCGCUGUGUGGAUUGUGAAGCCCAGAACCCUGAUUGGGCCAGUCUGAACCUGGGGGCUUUGAUCUGUAUAGAAUGUUCAGGCAUUCAUCGCAACCUGGGUACUCACCUGUCUCGUGUCCGCUCUUUGGACCUGGACGAGUGGCCUCUAGAGCUCAUCAAGGUCAUGUCAGCCAUCGGCAAUGAGUUGGCUAAUAGUGUGUGGGAAGCCAAUGCUCAAGGACGCCUAAAGCCUGCCCCUGAUGCCAACAGAGAGGAACGUGAGCGCUGGAUCAGAGCCAAAUAUGAGCAGAAGUUGUUUUUGGCGUCGCUGACGUGCACAGAGCUGACUUUGGGACAGCAGUUACUGCGGGCCACGGCGGAGGAAGACUUGCGCUUCGUGGUCAUACUGCUGGCCCAUGGCUCCAGAGAUGAGGUCAACGAUACCUGUGGGGAAGGUGAUGGCCGGACAGCCCUACACCUGGCCUGCCGCAAGGGGAAUGUUGUGAUCAUGCAACUGCUCAUAUGGUACGGCGUUGACAUCAUGGCACGGGAUGCUCACGGCAAUACGGCACUGGCAUACGCACGGCAGGCUAACAGUCAGGAGUGUAUGGACGUCCUCCUGCAGUACGGCUGCCCUGAUGAGCGUUACCCACUCAUGGCCACCCCAAACCUGUCACGCAGGAACAAUAACCGCAAUAACAGCUGCAGCAGCAUGAACAGUGCAGUUAUAUGAGAAGUACACUCACAUACACAUGAACAUGUAUUCUGGCCAGCACUCCUCCUCCCUCCCUACACACACCUUCAUAUGUACAGCUGCACCACUACAUCAGAAUCAUGAGACUAUACCAGACUCAAGGCACUGAUGAUGACGAUGAAGAAGCAUGAGCAGAGCUACUGUGUUUGCCUGGCUUUACAAUCCCACUGGUUGAAAAAGUUGUCAUGGGCAAGGUCUUGGCCAAUCAUGUGUCAUCCAUCUUUUUUUGUUUUUGGGAGAGUGUCCCACAUCCAAUGUCUCGCUGCAUUGUGGAACACAAAUUUAAACAAUCCCGGACUUUGGUUUUCUGACUGCGCCAGUUUAAGCUACCAAGUGCAUGAUGGGAGAAUAGAGUGUGGGUUUGGUAACUGAUGAGCGGGUGUCACAGUGUUCCCUGUCUCUAAUAGAUGACCAAGCAAGACAGGAAAUGAUGGGGCAGCAUGGGAUACUUUUACGCUGGAUCUUCAAAAUGACCCAGAAGAACCAGAGAACUUCACUUGGUCGCCAUGUGUGUCUGGACAUGUGUGUUUCACCACUUUGACGCUGAUUUUUCUGUCUGAUCUCAUUCUCUCAGACUUUUCUUUGAAUCUGUUCUUACUCUUUUACAUCAAUUACGUCCAUUAUGUCUUUUUUUAAAGGAAUGUGAAAGGAUGUAAUGACACCCAAAUAUUGAGUCCUAAGUUUGAAUCUGACAUGGUCUUUUAAAUUGUUUUGGUUUUAACAUUGUUGAGUAGCAUUUGUCUAAGUGCUCGUUACUGGACCAACGGAAGAUUCUUAAAAACAAGUAUUUUAAGAUUUAUGUUUCUCGGAAGUAAAAGGGAAUUGCGUUUUUAUUUAGCAGAUUUUUUUUAUCUUUAAACACAUUAAUCUAGCCUUAUAUGUUACCCAUCCAUCAGCUCACUCUUUACUUGAGCUCACAGUGAAGUGUGCAGACAUUUCAGAAGUGAAAUAACCCAGAAUCCAGAAUUUAGAAGUGCAGGGCUGAAGCUCAGUCUGACCUCAAGUGUUCAUCAUGAAAAUCUCCACAGAAUAUCAGGAAAACGCAGGACUUUUUGUCGUGUAAAAAGUGGUGGCCGUUGCUUUCAUACAGUGACGUGCCUCUCUCAGGUCAUCUCCGACUGUUGCUGUUCACACACUUUACACUGCAGAGUCCUGAACCUCAUGUAUCUCAAAGAAGAGAAGGGCUCUCUGGGUCUUCAGUCCCGAUCUAUACAUACUCUUCUUCCUUCUCUCUCUCUCAUUCUAUUUUUUUUUCUAAGUAGUGUCCUAUAUAGAAAAGCAUUUCAAGAAAACCUUCCCCCUGACAAAAGGCGUUAUUAUAUAUUUUGACCUCACCCCCUUCUUGUUUCAGUGCAGUCUGAAGUUGCAAGUGUGCCUGUUUGAGUCGAAUUCACUCUUUCUGCUCCCUUUCUCUGAAUCGUAGAUAGCUUAGUUUUCCUCCUUGCCUUUGUCUUCUUCCUUUAUCAUGUGUCAAGGAGUAUUAAAGCAAUACGAAGUGAAAAUUCAGCCAGGUAGACACAUGAGUAAUAGUUUACCGUGUUUUGGACGUCACCACGGCAAUCUGAGCUGCCGUUGUUAUUGAGAGACGUAAAGCCAAUGUAAGACUCUGUCUCAGGGCGUAUAUAUCAUUACUGGAGAUCCCAUGAAGGCUUUGAUAUUGACUCAUUCCAUAAUAUGAUUUGAUGGGCUUUGAUCAUUUAAUCUCAGCUCCCAUUGAUUUUACUCUUCACUAGGUAGUAGAAAUGUGAAGGUACUUACUUGGCUUAGGGUUGAAGAUGGGAGAAGAUCUGUAUUGUAGAAUGUAUAUUCCGCAAUACAAACGAUCUGGAAAGUCUUUAAGCUAGUUGAUAGACAUUUGGGACUGUGUAGAGAAUCUUGACUAGUUUUUCUGAGCUUUUGAAGGAAAGCGGUGAGAGUUGAAAAGAGAGAAACGCUGAGGUAUGUUGAUUUUCAGCUCAUAAGGGUUCAGUUUUCGGCUUGUGUGUAUAUAGAGCGUUGCAGGCCUUUAGAGGCUUUACCACAAUAACCAUUAUUUAUGACUAAAUGCACUACAGAACACAGAUCACUUGUUGUGAAGAACCCACAAUAUAAUGUCCACUCUGAAUCAUUUCUGUGGAAAAACAGUUGUUUUUUAUCUUUUUGCAUGAAUGGAUGUAAAUGUUCUCUUCCUUGUGUAAUUGUCUUCGUCUUCAUAAAAAUGACUGUACCCUGACAGGUGACGCUAAAGAGUCUGCCAUUUUAAUAUGAAAAAAUACUUUUUAUCAACUUGUGAACAUUUCUUCUUCCUUUUUGUUUUGUCUGUCCUCCCAUCUGCUUCUUUUGUAAUUCUUCUCCUUGGGAAAACCUCUUUUUGCAUCAUCUGUCCAUCUGUAACUGAAUAAAGAAAGCAUGAAUGAGCAAAAUAAACAAAAAUCCAACCAAUACCGUAACAGCAACCAAAGCAUCACGUCACCCCUUGCAAGCAAAUAAUGCAGACUUCAAGGGGGCUUUAUCAGUACGUUCCAAGUUGCUUGAACAUAUCCUCAGUUUUAUUUGCGUUUCCAUUCGCCAGUCGUCGCUUUGUGUAAAUAGAUGUAAAAAUUGAGAAAAACGUAGUGUUUUUACCUUGUUUUUGUUUGUUUGUUACCUCAUUUCAAUGACCGUCUCCAUGUUACCUUCAAACCCAAGAGACCCAUUUAAUUAUUUAUGAAUAUGCUAAUCUGAAAGGGGAGGAGCUCUCUCACACUACUUGGGUUUUGCAUUCGUUCCUUUAUUCAGUCCAUUGGCAUCACAACUAUCAUUGAUUCGAAUUAUUGGUGUUGUAUUUCUAAGUAUUAUUGUUAUUAUAUUGAGUUUGUGUCAGCUGUACAGUACUGUGUUGAAAAAUUAUACCUGAUGCAGAGUCUUAUACUGUAUGUGUCUCUUUUCAAUAAAAAGCUUCCUAAUAUAA